AUGGACAUUAUUCACCGUGGUCGUAUGUUCCAAUUAGGCCUAGAUGGAAACCCAGUUACCAAAUCUCACUCUGGCGGGGCAGCAAGAAGCUUUGAAAAUUUACCACCAGAAAUACAUCUCUUGAUCAGCCGACAUCUCACGUAUCCCGACGCCUUAUCUCUAAAGCAUGUCAGUAGAUAUUUCUACUGCCUAGUUGAUACCGGGCUUAAGCUCAAGGUGGACUGGCUGAUCGAGCGUCGGAGCUUGCACUUGGAGUGUCCAAACGAUCGUCGCUGCGACCUGGGAAGCGACUUGAAGUUCUGCAGAGGUAGCGUCAGGUUACUCAUGCAGCGGCGCCGCGAACACGCAGAAUGUGAAUCCCGUCCCGGUUUGGGGUGUCUCGUAUAUGGGACGGCAAAAUGUGCACAUCGGCGCCAGCUGAAAUGGCGCAUCAAGCGAUGGCUCCGCUCCCGUCUUACUAUCGAACUCUGGUGGUGUCUGGUGCCCCUGGUUCCCGUUCUUUUAGGAUGUCUAUGGGUAGCAGAAUUCGCAAGAUGGCACGCCGAAGAAUGA